AUCCCCGUGAAACAGGAACGGAGAAGUAUUGAACUUGCCUUCUUUUUUUACUGUCGCUAAAUGUUUUUUUUUUUGUAAAAACAUUUAAGAGAAGCUAUUUCCUUACUAUUAAUUAUAAUUUAAGCGUCUUGGAAAAACUUUUAAGCAGCUAACGUUCAGUGAGGCAGCUGUUGUUUAGCUCAAUAUGCUGUGAAGAUGAACGCGCUGGUGGCUUUGUGUCAUUUCUGUGAACUCCAUGGCCCCAGAACACUGUUCUGCACCGAAGCGCUCCACCCUCCAUCACCAGACCCUACUUCUCAGGUGGGGACCCCGUUGCCAGGCGACAGGGAUGCUGAUCGGGAGGGUGAAGGCCUGACCAUGAGGGCCAACAGUUCUGCUACACAGAGAGGAGAGAUGUGUGAAGGUUGCCGAUCUCUUCCUUCAUCUCAUCCCGGCUUUGUGAGCAUCGAUGAAGAAACAGGCAUUCGCUUCUUGAGCCAUCAGCAUCCCAGGCAGUCCCAGCUUUUCAGUGUGGUCAGGCAGGCCUGUGUACGCAGUCUUAGCUGUGAGGUGUGUCCUGGUCGUGAAGGGCCCAUUUUUUUCGGUGAUGAGCAGCAUGGAUUUGUGUUUUCGCAUACCUUCUUUAUCAAAGACAGUCUGGCUAGGGGUUUUCAGAGGUGGUACAGUAUAGUUUUGGUGGCCAUGGACAGGAUUUACCUUAUCAAUUCCUGGCCGUUCCUUUUACGUCACCUCAAGCUCACUAUACACAGUCUGCAAAGCACGGCUUUAAAGGUGUUUGACAGUGAACAAGGAGUUUGUCCACAGAGAGCUCUUAGGAUGAACAGUGUAUUCUCCCCUGCAGUUUUCCCCCACCAGAGGAGUGGCAAUGCAGCUCGAUCACUGACCUCCCUCACCCAGCACCCCAACCUCUGGGCUAGUUUGCACUGUUCUUUUAGCUGGUUGCUAAAAGCUAGUGGUAGUCGCCUAACAGAGAAGCUCCUCGAAGGGGCCCCCACAGAGGACACACUGGUGCUUAUAGAGAGACAAACAGAACAAGAAGAGGAAAUGAGCUGCUGGGAAGGAGCAGAAGGUGGCGGAUCAAAGUCACCACUACUUCAACCAGACGGCAAACUGGGCCUGGAGUUCCUCUGUGAUGCUUCAAAAUUAGAAGAUUUACCUGGUCCGAAAUUUAGAUCACUAAGACAUUUGAGACAGGUCCUUGGGGUGAAUGACUUCCGACAGCUAGCAUGGCAUGUGCUUAUGGGAAAUCAGGUCAUAUGGAGGAGUGCAGAUCCUGGACUCAUACAGUCGGCCUUCACUGUGCUAAAGUCUUUGCUGCCAGUGGGCUGUGUGCGCUCUGUGCCAUACAGUGCCCAAUAUGAAGAGGCCUACAAAUGCAACUUUCUGGGUCUCAGCCCUGAUGUUCCUAUUCCUGUCCACGUCAGUUCCUCAGAGUUUUCAGUGCUGGUGGACGUCACUUUGAAGACCUGUCAGGGUAUCGCUGCAGGUGAUGAUGAUAUCUGUGCUCUUUAUCAGUUCACCAUCAGCAGCGCCAACACCCAGCCGACAGACAGAGGUCCAACUUUACUGAACAAACUUGAGGUGGCCUUAUCUAACGAGAAUCUGUCUGUGGACGUUGUGUCUCACUGCCUGCUUUGUUUGAAGGAGGAGUGGAUGAAUAAAGUCAAAGUGCUGUUCAAAUUCUCUAAAGUGGAUGGUCGUGGGAGGGAGGACACCCAGAGGGUUCUGACCCUGCUCGGUGCCACGGGGCCCGGGGAGGAAGACAACGUCAGGCUGUUGAAGUACUGGAUGACCGGACUGAGCAAAACCUAUAAGAGUCAUUUAAUGACAGCUGUGCGAGGAGGGGAGAGGAGCCCCAGCCAAUGAUAAAAAGAGGAGGAGGUGGGACAUACUGAGAAAAAGAAAAUGACUGCAAUUGUAUCUAAAUGCUAAACGAAGCAAGAGGAAGUCUUUUCAUGGGUAGUUCUGUUGGCCCUAUGGAUUCACUAUUAAAUGAAGGAGCACUGUGAAUGGGUGACAAGAAUGAUUUUGUUCAUCCAUUAUUGUCUUUUUAAGUAAUAAGAAAUCUAUUGUGUAGUUGCCUCAGAUGAUCAUCCUGCACAGCUUAACAAAGAAUCAUAUUGGAUAAAGCAUGGGAUAUUUUUGUUAAAGGGAAUUUUUGAAACAGGCCUUUUAUGUGAAAAUUAACUUAUUACUAACAGCCUUUGCACUUAGUUUAUAAAUGCUGAUAGAUCCGAAAGAAAUAAACCAUAAGUCAGAUGCUCCUUAUUCUACAAUUGGCUCCAUCUGGUGGUUAACUGGGAUAAUAGAAGGAGUGGAAGUACAAGUGGGAGGUGGAGAUGAAUGUUUCUUCUCAAGCUCCCACUCACUUGUUUGAGUGGCCCUCAGCCAACAUGUCUCAAGUGGUGUAAGAAAAGACUUUUUUGGGGUUUUCUGCAACUCCAAUAUGUACGAAAUGCUUGCAAAACAAGCAGUUCUCGCACCAACUGGACCAACCGCAUCUGCACAUGUUUGGCGCCUUAACGAGCCAGUCGCACACUGAUCCUCUGUGCUUUUACUCAAAUCCAAAGCGUCUCUUGCUUGGCUGAGGUCCGCAGACUUCAGUCAAUAAAACCCGGCAACAUACGGCUCCAUUUAAACUGAGUAGAUUUUUCUUUUUUCAAUUUGUUUUCCUUGACCUGAAACUAUGUGAUGAUUGUGCAACCAGUGUUCUUGCAUUCUGGAAAACUAUGAGAUCUGAUUUAAAUGGAUUCCACAUCUGAAUAAGUAUAGAAAAAGAAAAUAAAAA